GUCACGUGACAGGCAGGACGGGGGUGUGUAUCCCCGUCGUGUGUCCCGGCGGAAGAGUGGAGGGAGUCGGCGGAGAGGUCGCAGCUGGAAUACAACGGAAAACAAAGCGGCGCGGCCUGGCGCUGGAGAACCGGAGUCACGCCAGUCACCACGGAUACAGCUGGAGCCAACGCGGUGGCCGGGGCGCAGCAACCCUCGCUGCCUCCGCCGCCGCCUCCUCCACCGAGGAUGUCGCGCAGGAAGAGAAAUGCAGGCAGCAGUUCUGACGGAACCGAAGACUCCGAUUUCUCUACGGAUCCGGAGCAUACGGACAGUUCAGAAAGUGAUGGAAUGUCGCGCCAGUCAGCACGGGUGACCCGCUCCUCUGCCAGGCUCAGCCAGAGCUCUCAAGAUUCCAGUCCGGUUCGUAAUCCCCCAUCCUUUGGAGCAGAGGAACCGGUUUAUUCUACCAGAAGGGUAACCCGCAGUCAGCAGCAGCCUGCCCCCGUGACACCCAAAAAAUACCCACUCCGGCAGACCCGCUCGUCUGGAUCUGAAACGGAGCAAGUGGUUGAUUUUUCUGACAGAGACACUAAAAAUGCUGCUGACCAUGAUGAAUCCCCACCCCGCACACCGACUGGGAACGCCCCGUCCUCCGAGUCUGACAUCGAUAUCUCCAGCCCUAACAUGUCUCAUGACGAGAGCAUCGCCAAGGACAUGUCCAUGAAGGAUUCCGGGAGUGACCUGUCUCAUCGCCCCAAACGCCGUCGCUUCCACGAAAGCUACAACUUCAACAUGAAGUGUCCCACCCCCGGCUGCAAUUCUCUAGGACACCUGACAGGAAAACAUGAGAGACACUUCUCCAUAUCUGGAUGUCCGCUAUAUCAUAACCUUUCAGCCGAUGAGUGCAAGGUGAGAGCGCAGAGCCGCGACAAGCAAGUAGAGGAAAGGAUGCUGUCCCACCGACAAGAUGACAAUAACAGGCACGCCACCAGACACCAGGCGCCGACCGAAAGACAGCUGAGAUACAAAGAGAAAGUGGCAGAGAUGAGGAAGAAGAGGAACGCAGGGCUGACGAAGGAGCAGAAAGAAAAGUAUAUGGAACAUAGGCAAACCUACGGCAACACCCGAGAACCCCUUUUAGAGAACUUGACCAGCGAAUACGACCUCGAGCUUUUCCGCCGGGCGCAAGCCAGAGCCUCCGAGGACCUGGAAAAACUGCGGCUGCAGGGCCAGAUCACCGAAGGCAGCAACAUGAUCAAGACCAUUGCCUUCGGCCGCUACGAGCUGGACACCUGGUACCAUUCUCCCUACCCGGAGGAAUACGCGCGGCUGGGGCGUCUCUACAUGUGCGAGUUCUGCCUCAAAUAUAUGAAGAGCCAGACGAUACUGCGCAGGCACAUGGCCAAAUGUGUCUGGAAGCAUCCUCCUGGGGACGAAAUUUACCGCAAGGGCUCCAUUUCGGUGUUUGAAGUAGACGGGAAGAAGAACAAGAUCUAUUGCCAGAACCUGUGCCUUCUGGCAAAGCUCUUCUUGGACCACAAGACUCUGUACUACGAUGUUGAGCCCUUUCUCUUCUACGUCAUGACAGAAGCAGACAACACCGGCUGCCACCUCAUAGGCUAUUUUUCCAAGGAGAAGAAUUCAUUCCUCAACUACAACGUUUCCUGCAUCCUGACGAUGCCUCAGUACAUGAGACAGGGUUAUGGCAAAAUGCUCAUCGACUUCAGCUAUUUACUUUCCAAAGUGGAAGAGAAGGUUGGCUCCCCCGAACGGCCGCUUUCAGACCUGGGCCUUAUCAGCUACCGUAGCUAUUGGAAGGAGGUCCUUCUUCGGUAUUUGCAUAACUUCCAAGGCAAAGAAAUCUCCAUCAAAGAGAUCAGCCAGGAGACGGCUGUUAACCCCGUCGACAUUGUUAGCACUCUGCAAGCGCUUCAGAUGCUGAAGUACUGGAAAGGCAAACACCUGGUCUUAAAGAGACAGGAUCUCAUCGACGAGUGGAUCGCCAAAGAGGCCAAAAGGUCCAACAGCAAUAAAAGCAUGGAUCCCAGCUGUUUGAAAUGGACCCCUCCCAAAGGGACUUAAUGGACCCCUCCCCUCCGAGAAGUGUG